AUGCCCAACACACCUUUACUUCUGAUCAGAUCUCCUAGAUUUGACAGACUCUCCCCUAGAAUCACAACAACAACAGCCACAACAACUGAUCCCAAUGGUAUUGUUGAUAUUAUCAACCAACAGGAAAUACAAAAUUAUAAACUUGGUAUAAUUCUUCUUGUGAUUGCAUUGGCUACUUGGAUUAUUGGAUUAGAAUUGGUCAAUGCGGUAUUAAAAGGAGAUGAUUAUGAAAAACCUUGGUUAUUUGCAGUGAUCACUGGUUCAUGUUUCUCAAUAAAUUUAUUACCGGAUAUAAUUCUACUUAAACACUGGGAAGUUUUCGGUCAAACUCAAAUUGAAGAAGACUUACCAUUACUUCAAACGAAAUCAAAAGAAAAGAAUGAAGAUGUUUCAGAAUUAACUCCCAAGGAAGUGUUUAUUUUGGCUUUUCAAAUCGCAGUUAUUUAUUAUUCAUAUAAUGUCCUUGGGAUGUCUGCGUUAAAGUUCACAUCAGCUCUGAAUCAAACAGUCAUGGGUUCAACAACAUCAAUGUUUACUUUGAUUAUAGGAGUAAUACUCAAAACCGAAACUUUUACAAUUAAAAAGGCACUAUGUGUAAUUGGUAGUUGUUUGGGUGUCUUUAUGGUAAGUUUUAGUAAUACUUCAGCGGGGCAAGGCAAAUUCCAACCGAAAAAUCCCGUUCUUGGAAAUACAUUGGCAUUGGGUGCAGCAUUAAUGUAUGGUUUUUAUUUACUUAUUAUGAAAUUUAAAUGUGGUACUGGGGAUAAAACAACUAAUGAAAGAAGACUUUUCGGAUACGUGGGAUUAAUAACUUUUGUAAUUGGUGUGCCUGUGUUAUACGUGGUUGAUUUAUUAGAAAUUGAAAAGUUUCAAUUCCCUCCACCAAAUAAUACUAUUUUAGCUAGUAUUUUUAUUAAUGGUAUAUUUUCUGUCAUUUCGGAUUAUACUUCUGUGUUGGCCAUGUUGUUAACUUCUCCAUUGGUGGUAUCUUUAACUUUAACUUCAGUGAUUCCUAUCACAAUUUUCAUUGAUUACCUCGUGUUAAUAUCGACUGGAAAUUCUGUGAAAACAAACUUUGUGUAUGUUUUCGGUAUUGUUUGUAUAUUGGUUGCCGUUGUGUUGGUCAAUGUUAACAUAACAUCAGAAAAUGAUUUAAUAGAAGAGGUCAUUGAGCAUGCUCUUGAAGAAGCAAUUAGAAAUGAUGAAGUAAUGUCACCAGUGUUAAGUCCAUUAUUGAGUCCUAGAAAUAAUGCUACAAACGUUCUUGGCCUGCAGUUACUGCCUCAUGCUUCACCCAUUGGCAUUUCAUUAUUUUCACCAAAACUCAAAUCUAAACAUCCUCUUAGAAUAUCCCACUUUAAUCUUAAUGAAAAUGAUGAAACCGAACCAACUUUUAAUGCAAACCAUGAACCAUUGUAUGGCAUCACAUCAUCACCACCAAAUAUUGUUGUUGUUCAAGGCAAAAACCAUCAAUACCAAAUAAAACGAAAUAUAGAUGAAUAG